CGGGCCUAGCGAAGCGCGUGAAGGAAGGUCCCUUGGCCUUGGGAGAGUCAUAGCAUAGGCAUUAGGGAAUAGGGAGGCACCACCUUGUCUCUUGUCUCUUGUCUUAACCGUGUGGAAAGAAAUCGCUCGCAAAGAAGAAGAGAAAAAAAGAAGAAGAAGAAGCCCCAAAAAAAGGAAGGUUUGGAAUCGCGAUGAGCGAGCAGCACCCACGGUUGCAGCAGCUGCGUAGCACCUCGCACCUUCUCCGAGAAUCAAUUAACUCAUUCUCCUCAAACCUCAUCACAUUCCUCUUCCUCUCACUCCUCACCCUCUCUUUCCGCACCCUCGUUGAAACCGGCACCGCCCAUGUCACCGCCUUCAUCGACCGCGACCCCUCCCUCCGCGCCCUCCUCUCCCGCCUCGACCUCGCCGGAAACACCAACGCCCACGGCCACGGUCACGGUCACGACCUCCCUUCCCCCAACGCCGCCCACGCCCUCCGCCGCCGCCGCCCUUUUCUCCACCUCACCCGCGUCGGAACCCUAGACGACGAUUUCUUCUCCGGCGACGACGACGACGCCCGCUCCCUCUUCGGCUCCAUCGCCAAGCCCCCCGCCAACGCUACUCUCCUCGCGCUCCACCCCUUUCCGGCCACCUCCGCCUUCUCCGAUCUCCUCUCCGACGACGGAAUUAGGGUUUCCGAGGUCGUCCGCUCCGGAACCUCCUUCAACACCGACGGAUUAUCCCCUCCAUUGACGGCGAUUCGCGACGACGAAGACCGCGGCGGUGAGGAUAAGGAAUUGGAGAAGAGGAGAGAGGGGAACGUGGAUGUGCAAUUCUUCGUGAAGGGGAUGGAGGUGGGCCGGCGCGACGCGGCGGCGCUCUUCUUUCUGGUGAGUUUCCUCUCCGCCGCGUACGGUUGGGUGAUCCUGGUUUUUCUGGUGACGUACUCGUGGGUGCUUGGUGUUGUUUUCGUUGCUGUUGUUAACGAUCUUAUAGGGAGGUUUAGUUCUGUUACUGGUCUUGUUUGGGAUGGCUCGAGGUUAGGUCUCAAGAGGCUUUCGGGGUUUAUUCUGAUGCGUUGGGCUGUGAGGGAUGCGUUGACUCAGAUUCUGGGGUUGUGGUAUUUCGGAGAAAUUGAGGAUCAGUACUCGUUUUUCAAGCUGUUUGUUAGGUUGAAAUUGAUGCCCUUCUCGGUUAUGUCGCCCUGGGUUAGAGGGUUUGAGAGGGAGAUUUCUGGGUUCUUGUUUACUUGGUUUCUGGUGGAUACUUUUGUGGCUUUUAUAUUCUCUGUUGAUGCUUGGGUUGCCAUUGUGGAUUCAAGGAAGAGUGGGAGAGAGAUUGUGAAGGAAGGGUGUUAUCUGAUAUCUACUAUGUUGAAUCAAGCUAUUCAGGUGAAGUGCUUGGAGGCUGUGCUUUGUGGGUCGUUUGUGAGGUGGGGUUUGGGCAGAGUCUUCGGGAGGUCGUUCGCCAAGAUGUUUCAGUCAACCAUGGAGGUUUACUUCAUGGUUGCUUGGCUCUUGUUUUACUUUGCGGCACGGUGUAGGGACGCUGAACUUCAGGGUAGGAGGUUUGGGCAGAGGGAGUUGGAGGGGUUGGUUGAGGGUCACAGAUGAUACUUGGAGGUGGUUGGAUUUGGAUGGAUGACUUUUUUUUAAUUGUGAUGCACAAGUAGCAGCAAUGUUUCACAGGUUCGUGUCUCUCCCACUUUUGCAGUUGCUGUUGGCUGUUGCCGCCAUUCUAUAGUUUUGUCACCAUCGAUGAUGUGUCAAAUGUGUACUUCACCAGAAGGGCAAUAUACUUGUGUAUAUUCUGAAUGAGGAUAGUUCUUAUGUAUAUUAUUCAUGGAAUUUUUUAAUUAGUUCACUCGAUAUGUGUUGGUGAUGAUAGUCACAAAUUACAAGGUUUGAGAAAUCAGGAAUGGUAAUGAUUUUUCUCCAUGCAAGGUGGAGUUAUGUUGUGAUGACAGUAGCUGCAUAGCACUUCUGUUUUUGUUUUUGUUUGGACAAUGGGUGGCAUGACUGGGGCAUCAUCUACAAACAUUGAAAGCUCUUUAAUCUGCAAGAGAGAACAGGGAAAAUUGUUAGCGAUUUAUGGAUUGAUUUUCCCCUUUUAGAAAUUCUCCAAGAAGGCUGAUCAUGCUAAGUUAAUUUUUUGUUAGUUUUGUAUGAUUAUCUACAUCUUUUUCUAAGCAAGCCUUUACAUUUUCUGUAUGUAUAAAAUCAUCUUGUAGAAAGUUCAUAAAACUUGUUUUGCAUCAUGGACUUACUUUGGCUAUGUUUGAAUGAGAGAAAAACUUAGGCUGAUAACAAAAUUAGGGCUAUAUCAGAGGGGCAUUCCAAGUGUUCAAGUUAAUUGUUGAAGAGCUAUGUGUUUAGUUCUACAAGACUUGUGUGGCUGGUAUCAGCUUUGUGUUUUAUUGAAGAACUGUGUUUUAAUAGUCAGAGUAUAUAGUUGAUGUUCUC